AUGGAGCGCUUUCCUAUUGCUAGUAGAAGACAGUGGAAGGAAGACUCCGCUGCUAGCAUAAUUUCAAGUUUGAUCAAUAAAACAACUGAUGAUGAUAUUAUUAGAAUGAAAAAGCUCAAAGAAAUCCAAUUAAUUGUCGAUCAACAAAAACAACAAGAUGAACUGAUGAAAUACUUGUACGAAUUAACAUCUCAACGUGAUUCGUCAAUUUCAAGACUUUGCAAUCAAAUUAAUGGCCACAUUGAGUUCUUAUUAAGAUUAAGUAAUGGUCAAGACCCAAGUUCACUGUUUUUAAUAUCACAACAAAGUGGAAGGACAUUCUUGAAAGAAGCUACAAGAGAUUUUCUUGCUGAACAAGCCGGAAAAUCAACUGAAUUAAUUUCCUCCAUGAUUUCUACACCGGAAACACCACUUUACGGCUUGAGUAAAAUACUCGAUCAUUAUCUCGAUGCAGACAUGAGAACAAGAGUACUCAGCCAGCUUGCAAACGACGAAAGUGUUUCAAAUAUUGAACUCAAGACAGUCCUGAUACAAGAAGCUUACAUCGUUCAGCAACUUUUGAAGAACAAACCACAAACAAAUGAUCAUCUCCGCAUUUCUAUUCAAAACGAGCUUGAAGCCAAAUAUCAAGCAAGAAUUUCUCAACUUCAGCAAGAGUUAGCUGCUUUCUCACAUGGAGAAUCAUUCGGAGAUACAUCAAACAUACGUGAAAUGCUUGAAGAUAGCAUCAGAGCCGAAUAUGAACUUAAAAUGAAAGAUGAACGCGAAAAAAUCCGCCAGCAGUUACAAAACGAGUAUCAUCCAGUCAGAGCCGACUCAAGCCCAGUCGAUACAUCCGAUUCCAAGCUCAUUCGCGAACUUAAGACCCAAAUUACGAAUGAAAUUCGCAACCAAGUGAUCGAUGACGUCAGAAAAGAUGUAUGGGCAGAAGCAGAGUUCCAUUUCCGACCAAUCAUUAAGAAGGAACUCGAACCAAAGCUUCGCGAGCGAAUUUCCGCCGAAAUUGAAGUUCAAUUACGGAAUAAACUUCGUUCUGAGGUCGAACAAUCAGUUAGGACACAACUACAACAAGAAGUACGUGAAGCAGAGACGAACAAGAUCAGACAAGAGCUUGCAAAAAGUGUUGCAGAAGAAGUUACAUCGAAAUUGAAGAGAAAGAUCAAGGAAGACUACAAGAAACAGUACCAACUGCAACUACGCGAAUCGGAACUCAAUAUUAGGAACGAUAUUGAGAAACAACUCCGAGAAAAAAUUUCAAAAGAAUAUGAAGACAAAAUGAACGAUAAAAUUGAGAAUGAUAUCAAGCCAAUGCUUGAAACACAGCUUACUGUAACUCUCCAGAGGGAUAUCAGGCAGAGAUUGUCACAACAAAUGAGAGAUCAAAUAAUUGAUUCAAUUAGAGAAGAAGUUGAAGAAGAAUACAAGAACAAACCAGCACAGAAUGUCCCAGAAUACAUGAUUACGGAGAUGAGAGACCAAAUCCAGAGAAAACUCCAAGAAGAAAACAGAAUAAUUCUUGAAAAAAUGGAAUCCGACCUCAGAAACAGGAUUUAUGAUGAAGUUAAAGAACAAACACUCGAUGAAGUGUCCAUACAAUACUCUGAAACAGCUACAAAUACUAGUUUUCCACCAAAACCUGUUACAGAUUACAAGAACAUGAAGGAAAUGUUCAGAGAAGAACUGGAAGACGAAAUAAGGGCACAAAUAACCGCAGAAAUGAGGUCAAGACCUUUGUCCGCCGAUGAAGAAAACAAAAUUAGAUCCGAAAUUAGGACUCAGGUUUACAAUCAAAUCCACGAUUCAGUUAUUGAUCAGAUAACAAAGGAAGUAGAGUUCAAACUUAGAAACGAAAAGAACAGAAACAGCUCAAGAAUUUCUUAUGAAGAUAUAUCUACUGGUUCUCCUUCAUUCCGUAAUAAGAGCAUCAGCGAAAGUGAUAAACUCAGAUUGAGACUCGAAAUAGAAAGCGAAUUACGUGCAAAACUUGAAAUAGAACUCAGAUCUAAAAUCGAAUCCGAAUUACGUGAAGAAAUUGAGAACAAAGUUAGAGCAGAACUCGAUAUCCAGUACAGACAAAGCAAUUCAUCACCAGAUAAGCAGCGUAGACUUAAAUCUGAGCUCAGACAAAUCGUAAUUGAUGAAAUUCGCGAGGAAUUUAUGCGUUCUGCAUCAACAUCUUCUCCACAAUCUCCACGUAGCACUAACAAAGAUAUCCUUAAGCUCAAGAAGGACAUAAUUGUCCUUUUAACUCCGAAAAUUGAAAAAGGAUUGAGAAGAUCGUUCCUUGAGAUCGAAGAAUCUGAUGAAAGAACAACAUCUACCAAGAUUUCAGCAGGUGGAGUCUCUCCAACUGUUCUUAAAUCUCUAAGAAAGCAAAUUAAGAAAGAAAUCAAGGAAAAGUACGUUGCCAUUCUAAGAAGAGAGGUCGAAGCUGAUUUCGUAGGUUCAAAGGCAACAACUUUGUUCACUUUAAUCUGCAAAGCUUUGGCAAUUAAUAAUAUCUCAUUUUCUUUGAACGCUUUCUUUGAAUUAACCGAACAACUUGCAAGCGAAAAUGUCGAAAUCCGCGAGAAGUUCGAAAUUGGCAAUCAGCCGUUGGCCUUUUUCGUUGAAAAUUUGGUCAAAAUUAUUGAUGACGACGAUCUCUUCAAGACCCAUACAAGAUCUUUGCUUACAAGACAGAGCAGGCAGAUUUCUGAUGCCAGAUCAGAAAAUUGCGCUCGUACUUGGCUAAAUUGGGCAAAGAAACUUUACGAGUCGCUAAUUGGUCAGAGCUUUACAUCGGAAAACAUCGUUGAAUUAAGACUUGCCAUCGAAGAGAGCCAAGCAAAGAUAAUCGCUGAGAACGCUUUGCACAAACAGAAGCAGCAACAGCAGCACUACAGAGGAGCAUCUGUUUUGAAUUCACCUUCUCCUCAAUCAUCACCAAGAUAUAGAUUGUAA